GCCCACAGGAGCCGAAACGCGAAGGUUGUCAGGAGCAGCAGGAGGAGGCCACGGCUGGACAGUGUCUGACGUGGAAAGUGUCAGCACUGAGUAAGAAACUUCGGGCCAAAACAAGCCUCGAGAACAAAAUCCCCCCAGUUCUCUGUAAGCUCCUGCGGGUUUCACAGAGGACAGCACAAUGAGUCUGGAUAAGGCGAAGCUGUGUGAUUCACUGUUAACCUGGUUACAGACAUUUCAGGUGCCAUCGUGCAACAGCAAGCACGACCUGACAAGCGGAGUGGCCAUUGCACAUGUACUGCACAGAAUAGACCCUUCUUGGUUUAAUGAGACAUGGCUAGGCAGGAUCAAGGAGGAGAGCGGGGCUAACUGGCGCCUCAAGGUCAGCAAUUUGAAAAAGAUUCUGAAAAGCAUGAUGGAAUAUUAUCACGAUGUGCUCGGUCACCAGGUGUCUGAUGAGCAUAUGCCAGACGUGAACCUGAUAGGAGAGAUGGGAGAUGUCACAGAACUGGGAAAGCUGGUACAGCUCGUGUUGGGUUGUGCAGUCAGCUGCGAGAAGAAACAAGAGCAAAUCCAGCAGAUAAUGACACUCGAGGAAUCUGUCCAGCAUGUUGUGAUGACUGCCAUUCAGGAACUCUUAUCGAAGGAGCCGUCAUCUGAACCGGGAAGCCCAGAGACCUACGGGGAUUUUGACUAUCAGUCCAGAAAGUAUUAUUUUCUGAGUGAGGAGGCAGACGAGAAGGAGGACCUGAGCCAGCGCUGUCGACACCUUGAACAUCAGCUGUCAGUGGCUCUGGAGGAGAAGAUGUCCCUGCAGGCAGAGACGCGCUCCCUGAAAGAGAAGCUCAGCCUAUGCGAAUCUCUGGACGCCUCCACCACUGCCAUCACUGGCAAGAAGCUGCUGCUGCUGCAGAGUCAGAUGGAGCAGCUUCAGGAGGAAAACUACAGACUGGAGAAUGGCAGAGACGACAUGCGUGUGCGGGCAGAGAUACUGGAGCGCGAGGUGGCCGAGCUGCAGCUACGGAACGAAGAGCUGACCAGCCUGGCGCAGGAGGCCCAGGCCCUCAAAGACGAGAUGGACAUCCUCAGGCACUCGUCUGACCGGGUGAACCAGCUCGAGGCGAUGGUGGAGACGUACAAGAGGAAGCUGGAGGACCUGGGAGACCUGCGCAGACAGGUGCGCCUCCUGGAAGAGCACAACACUGUGUACAUGCAGCGCACGUGCGAGCUGGAGGAGGAGCUUCGCAGGGCCAACGCUGUCCGCAGUCAGCUGGACACCUACAAGAGACAGGCUCAUGAGCUUCACACCAAGCACUCAGCAGAGGCCAUGAAAGCUGAGAAGUGGCAGUUUGAGUACAAGAACCUUCACGACAAGUACGACGCACUGCUGAAGGAGAAAGAACGUCUGAUCGCAGAAAGAGACACACUGCGGGAGACAAACGAUGAGCUCAGGUGUGCACAAGUCCAGCAGAGGUAUCUCAGUGGAGCAGGAGGCUUGUGUGACAGCGGUGACGCGGUUGAAAACCUGGCUGCAGAGAUCAUGCCAACUGAGAUCAAGGAGACAGUUGUUCGUCUCCAAAGUGAAAACAAGAUGCUGUGCGUCCAAGAGGAGACCUACCGACAGAAACUUGUGGAAGUUCAGGCUGAGCUGGAGGAGGCUCAACGCAGCAAGAAUGGGCUAGAAACUCAGAACAGGCUGAACCAGCAGCAGAUCUCAGAGCUGCGUUCUCAGGUCGAGGAGCUCCAGAAAGCACUCCAGGAGCAGGACAGCAAGAACGAGGACGCCAUCUCAUCGUUAUUGAAGAAAAAGCUUGAGGAGCACCUGGAGAAGCUCCACGAGGCCCAGUCAGACCUGCAAAAGAAAAAAGAGGUCAUUGAUAACCUGGAGCCCAAAGUAGACAGCAACAUGGCUAAGAAGAUUGAUGAACUCCAGGAGAUCCUGCGGAAGAAGGACGAGGACAUGAAGCAGAUGGAGCAGCGAUACAAACGCUACGUGGAGAAGGCGAGAACGGUGAUCAAAACCCUGGAUCCUAAGCAGCAGCCAGCGGCUCCUGACAUUCAGGCCCUGAAAAACCAGCUGACAGAGAAGGAGAGAAGAAUCCAGCAUCUGGAGCAUGAUUAUGAGAAGAGCAGGGCCAGGCAUGACCAGGAGGAGAAACUCAUCAUCAGUGCCUGGUACAACAUGGGAAUGGCGCUGCAUCAGAAAGUGUCUGGUGAGCAGCUGGGCUCCUCCAACCAGGCCAUGUCCUUCCUCGCCCAGCAGAGACAACUCACCAACGCAAGGAGGGGCCUGACACGACACCACCCGAGAUGAGACACGGAGGCGUGACAGUUACCCUCAAAUGAAAAGCAAAGUGCACACAAGGUGAUCCAUGUGAUCUCUGAGUGUCUUUUGCCUUUUUAUGCCUUCACUGGGAUCACUGCGCCUCAGUUUUUGUCACGCUGUUGCUGCCCCCUGCUGGCUCUUACUGAUAUGAGAAGAUUUCUUUUCUCCGUUGGGCUCCAGAGCAGAAGCUCUCUGCUCUGAUAAAAAGUAGGAGUUAUAGGCCUUAAGAAGAGGCGACUUCACCUUUUAAGGUGACUUUUAUUUCCCCUGUAGCCUCUUGGACUCACUCCCUUUUUUUUUCUUGAACAUCUUUUUAAAAUCCUUUUUUAAUUUUUUUUUUUAUGUUAAACAGUGAAACAGAACUGGAACAAGUUUUGUCAGGUGCCAGUUUAAAUGUGAUAGAUGACGGAGAAGUUUCACUACUCCAAGUGCUACAGAACAAAAGCUGCACAAGCUGUCCUCAUACCUCCACUACAGCAGAUCGUCACGUUCACUACAUUUUGGGUUUUAUGUGUUUGCUGAGGAUUUUUCUUCUUGUAGCGUUUUAUUUUUAGUCUAAGUUUGAAGUACCUUUGGAAAAAAUGUAAAAAUCAAGCGGGUGUGUAACAGCUUUAGUCUCGAUUUCUUCUGUAUUCACUUUAAAUGCUUUUUUUUUUUUUCCUUCUCAGCCUUAAAUCUGAAACAUGUCUUUUGUAAAUAUUUUCACAGUGUACACCAAAGCACUUUCUCUCUAGAAGGGUGGGUUUGUUCAGUGCCUCGCAAAAGUCUCCCAUGCUAGCCCUUUAUAGAUGAGACUGAACACUGACAUGUUUGCAGCGCCAACACUGUUUCUGUCACACUGCAGGUACGUGCUCAAGUCUGGUGAUAUGACUUUUGUGUAUUUUUCUUUUCUCUGUUGCCUCUAAAUUUUUAUUUUUAUUUUUAUUUUUUAUUCCUAUCCAUAAGACCUCCCCCAUCAGGGGGUCUGAUUGUGGGUCGGACCUAACUGCACUCUCCACUUUAAACACAAAAACUGGAUAACACUAUGCGAGAGUCUCUAAUCAUAAAAACACUAAAAAAUAUAUAAAACUGAGUCAGCUGAUGUGCUGUUUGCCGCUGCUAGGUGUUGUUCACGGCUGAGCUGAGCUGGAAGGAAACGUGUUCUUCAAUGCGCUGGAAUUUUUCCUGUGACAGGAAAUCGACAGCAGAUUAAAAAGCCUGAGGCACAUUUAUCAGACACUACGUCUGCCUUUCUUUACAACCAUUGAUCAAGUUGUUUUUGUGCGUUCCAUGUCAGAGCUGCUGUCCUGUGACUUGUACUUGCCUCUAACAGUUUGUGCUAUGAUCUACAAAGACCAGAGUCCUGCUGUUGUGUAAACACUUUUUUUAUUUUUUUGUUUUUUUUUUUAAGUUGGUUUUUAUGGCGUAAAAUGAUUGCUCCACAUAUGCAUGGUGUGAAAGGUUGCAUCAUGAAAUGGUCUCCUAGAUUAUAGCAUAAUGUACUUGACACAGGGUUAAAUUAUUUGUAGUCCUCUCUGUUCUACUUUUUGCACUACAAAUAAAUGGGGUCUUAAGUUAAA